UGUGUGAGGGAACACGAGGGACUGUGUGCCGCUGUGUUCCAGUUCCGCGUUGAGUCCGCGAGAAGGCAGAAGCGGAACCCCGGAGGGUGCGAUGGCCGCGGUGGUGGCCAAACGGGAAGGGCCGCCGUUCAUCAGCGAGGCAGCCAUGAGAGGCAAUGCCACGGUCCUCCAUUACUGCCGGACCUCAGCGUCAGCGCUGUCGGGGGCCACAGCCGGCAUCCUCGGCCACACCGGCCUCUACCGCUUCAUCUUCUACCUGCUCGCCUCCGUCCUGCUCUCUCUGCUCCUGAUUCUCAAAGCGGGAAGGAGGUGGAACAAGUAUUUUAAGUCAAGAAGACCUCUCUUUACAGGAGGCCUCAUCGGAGGCCUCUUCACCUACGUCCUCUUCUGGACGUUCCUCUAUGGCAUGGCGCGCGUCUACUGA